AUGUCGGAACCACCGUCGAAUACGCUAUUAGCUGUGCCAACUUCAUAUACCACCACCAAGCGACAACGACGAAAUUCCUCGCAGCAGCAACUUGGACCAUAUUCGAUAUCAAAAACACUAGGCACAGGUGCCUUUUCGAAAGUGAAGCUGGGGAUUCAUGCUAAUACCGGCUCCAAGGUCGCUGUAAAAAUAAUAAACAAGGAGCAAUUCAAACGCAUGGCUGAAGAAGCAAUCAAAGUUGACAGGAAACGUGCUGAAGUCAGGCCGCUUCAUAUUACUGAAGAUAUGAGGACGGCUCCACGAAGUCCCGUUCCAAACUUGGAUACCAAUCUACUUCCCGAAGUAAAACUCAUGAUGAAAUUGGAUCAUCCCAGCAUUACGCAGCUGUAUAGCGUGUAUGAUACGCCAGAGGAGAUGUUUCUUGUUAUGGAAUAUGCUGAAGGGCGAGACCUUAUGGCGCAUGUGAAAGCAAAAGGACAUCUCAAUGAGUGUGAAGCCCGACUUCUGUUUCGUCAGCUGGUAUCGGCGCUUGAUCACUGCCAUUUAGCGGGUGUCAUACAUAGGGACCUGAAGAUGGAAAACAUUCUAAUGGACGCAUCGAAUGAAAAUGUCAUGUUGACUGAUUUCGGACUAGGUCGAAUGACUUCCAACAUUGACGAUUACCUGCAGACAUUCUGUGGAACACCAGCCUACGCUGCUAUUGAAUUGAUAAAUGGGAAGCCGUAUUUGGGAGACAAGACAGACAUAUGGGCUUUAGGAGUUAUACUAUAUGUUUUGGUUACUGGCAAAUUGCCAUUUCAUGGCAGUACCAUUGCUGAAGUAUAUGGCAAAAUUAAUUCCUUGUCAUAUGAGGUACCUCCAGAAUUCUCACCUGAGUUACGGGACCUGUUUCGGCGGAUAUUCACUAGACGCCCAAAGCAUAGAAUUGAUAUGGAAGGUCUGAGAUGGCAUCCUUGGACGAAUAGAGACAACCACGAACCACCUGCGCGUGUCAAACCGCAAGCCGCUGCCAAGCCACAACAACCAGGUCAAGAAAAUACAGUAGACACCUCAGUAGCUUCUGUACGACAUGAUAAUGGUGUGGUAAUUUAUACAAUUCGUGAACAUGAGGCUACCCACUAUGAACAAUCACAAGCCAGACCUGCCGGACCAAUGUCGUAUCAAAGUGACGCGACUUCACCAUAUGGAUCGCCAAAUUCGCCAAGCAUCAUGCCUGAUAGUGGAUCCCGACGUGGCUCUGUGACGUCGUCAACCCGCCGAAAUAGCCUGUUUAAUCGCACAUCCCGAACCACUAAUGGUUCCACUACUCAGUCGACCACAUCAAAACAACCUCCAAUCAAUAGAAGAAGAGCCAAUACUAGUGAUGGACGACGGAAUUCCCUGCCACUUUCGUUUGGACAAUUUAGUAGUGGCACAUCAUCUGUCACUAGUCGAAAAAGAAACUCGGUCGCCGUUGUCACCAAUGGCCUUUUAGGAUCGCGUAGACGGUCUAGUGAUGCUCCUGGCAAUGGGCGGAGACGGUCUGGAGAUGCUCCCGAUAGUCCAAGUAGUGCCAAGGAAGUGGAAUCGUUUCGAGUAGUCAUUCCUGCCAUGAUGUCAGAUUACAACACGGCUGUCAACGCAACAUCAUCCAAAAACUUGAAGCAAGCACCUCCGACGUCCGAAGUUGAAUGGUUUGAUCGCAUGACGCAGGUGAUGAAAUUUGAUCCAAUAACCAUGGAACCAUUGAUUCUGGACAUGUCAUACAAAGCCGUUGAUACUGGAACCAUGAACAGUCGAUUUAAUACUGAUGCUUCCAAGACAAGUCUAUCAUCCGCUCCAAGCUACCAAACCCUUCGAACAACCGCACCACAAACACCAGUAAUGAUGAGAGUAGCAGGCUCAAGAACCGUAUCGGCAUCGUCAAAUGUAUCAUCAAACCAAUCCGUAAACAUGGAUUCCAUGAAACGUAAAGUCCAUGAACUCGCAUCCUCAAACACUACUAUGGGUCGACUAGGUUCCGAGUCACUCAAACGGAAUGGCAAACCAGACUUUGUAUCUGUCGGAUCCAUGUACUCUGCCUCAACACUGGCAUCAACUCUCGGACGAUCACCAUCUAAGCUCACAUCUCUUGAACCAUCCUGUGACGAAAUCCAAGCCUUCCAUUUAUUGCAUCUGCCUGCAUCUGAUAUCCGCACUGUACGAUUCCCAUUCACUGCUUCAACCACAUCAUCCUUCGAACCCGCUGCCUUAUUCAAGGAGGUCCAUCGUGCUCUACUCAUUCUCCGUGGAUCGCAAGGCUCGAAUGUUGAAGUACUAUUCACUCGACCCUCCCCACAAAGCUAUACCUUGAAUUGUGUUGCUCGCAGAUGUAAAGAUCCAUCGUUGAGUCCUGAAGAUGCUAUAGUAGAGUUCGAGAUUGAAGUGUGUCGUGUCUGGCUCAUGAAGCUUUAUGGAAUCAAGAUUACUAGGACUAGUGGUCGAGUUGAAGAUUUCAAGUAUUAUAAGGAGAUCAUAGUAGGAUCGCUACGUAUAUGA